AUGAACGUCAGGUUCAGACGUUCCGCCGGCUUCGCCACCAUCUCCUCCCUCUCCACUUUGGGCCUCUCUACCCCUCUUGCCGCACAACAAAGCGGCUCGCCCAUCGUGCAGAGCUUAGCCACCCCUUCCCCAACCGCCUCGCCGCCGCCGCCGACUAGUAAACGACCUCGGAAACCGGACAAUACCCCGCCACCCAUUGCUAAGCGCACCAAGUUGAGCCCCGUCCAGCGUGCCACGCCCCCGCUAGAAGAGACCCGCUCCACCAUGUCGUCCGACGGCGAAGAUGACUUUUUCUACGACGACGUCGACGAGUUCGACGAGGACGACUAUGUUGAUACCAAGGCUCCGGCUAAGAAGCCGUACGAUGUCGACUACAAGGUGCACUCCCCGCAGGAGAUCAAGGACAUGCAGAAGAAGGAGAUCAAGAAGGUGCAAGACCUGCUCGAGGUCCCCCUUCAGGAGGAGUUUUGGACCGACCCCGCCAAGUCAAUGGAGGCUGCGGGACUGCCGCCCCCGGGAUCACCGAGCACGUCCACUCUUGGGCUUCCUCCGGCUUCGGCUCCGUUGCAGAGCCGAAACCCUUUCCGCCGCCAGCUGACUGGUGACGAGGAACCUUUUGACUGCCCGAUCUGUUGCUGCGACUACCCGCCGGAGGAGUUCGAUUCUGCGACGUUCGCGUUAAGCUGCGGGCACCGCUUCUGCAAGAUGUGCUGGAAGGAGUACAUCACAGGCAAGGUCAAGGGCGAGGGAGAGAGCGCCUCCAUUCAGUGCAUGGAGAACGGCUGCAACCGGGUAGUCCGCGAGGAGGUGGUUGACGCAAUCGUCGACCCAGCCGUAUCCGCCAGAUGGUGUCCUCACCCGGGAUGCGAGUACGCGGUCGAGUGCAACCAGGCGCCGCCCCGCAUGCUCGACCGGCUCGUUCCGACUAUCGAGUGCAAGUGCGGCCAUCCCAUGUGCUUCGGAUGCGGGUAUGCCGACGACCACCGCCCUGUGCUGUGCCGCAUCGUGAAGAAGUGGGAGAAGAAGUGCGCGGACGACUCGGAGACUGCCAACUGGCUCAAUGCGCAUACCAAGGACCACAUGACGUGCAAGAAGUGCAAGUACGAGUUCUGUUGGGUGUGCAUGGGUGCCUGGAGCGAGCAUGGCAAUAGCUGGUACCAGUGCAACCGCUACGACGAGAAGUCUGGUGUGGACGCUCGUGACCAGCAGGCCAAGUCCCGUGCCAGCUUGGAACGCUACCUUCACUACUUCAAUCGUUGGGCGAACCACGACCAAAGUGCGAAGCUCGAUGCCGACUUCUACAAGUCCACCGAGAAGAAGAUGGAGGAGAUGCAGAACACUGGUAAUCUGUCGUGGAUCGAGGUUCAGUUCGCCAAGGAAGCCGUUAGUACCGUCAUCAAGAGCCGAAUCCUCCUCAAAUGGUCGUACUGCAUGGCCUUCUACCUCAAGCGCAACAACAUGACUGAGCUGUUUGAGGACAACCAGCGUGACCUCGAGGCUGCUGUCGAGAACCUCUCGUAUCUCCUGGAAUCGAACAUGGCCGAGCAGCCUAUCGCGGAGAUCCGUUCGAAGGUGACCAACCAGGCCGCCUACGUCCAGAAGCGACACGACAUUCUUCUUGACGACACCCUGAGGGGCUACCUUGAGCGCCGAUGGGAGUUCAACGUCGACUAG